ACAAGAGGUGGCCUCCACGUGGCAAGAGCUGGGCAACAUAUUCAUUAUGUUGGCAAACUACCUCAUGUUUAUGUAAUGGUUAAUUUUCGGUGGUUUAAAAUAAUAAGAUCAAAUAUGUUUGUUUCGUAUGUAAAUAAAUUUCUCGCUUUUUUUUUCCUACAAACAGUUCUGCACAUAAGGUAUUAUUCUUAAAAUAAUCUAGAUAUUUAUGUUUAGAUCGUGAACAUGCUUUAACACUGGUGGCCGAGUUUUUACAUACACGACCAGUAACUUUCAAACUGUGAAAUAAACAAACGUUUUCCUUCUUUAAUCAUGUUUACCAAAAAAUACUGGUGGUGACAUCAAAGGAUGUUUAUUUGUGGUAAAAAUAACAUUAUUAUGUAAUUAGGUAAUUAUAAAAAAAUUUAAUGUAGUAAUGUUUGUUAAUAAUAUAAAUUAAACUAAAUAAUAUUUACGUUCUUAUUUUUCAGGUUUUCAGGAGUCUACGUCGCAGACUGGGGGAUCUCUCUGUAGAGUGGAUUAUGUUAGACUUUGAAGCUGCAACUUGGCAGGCGAUAAGAGAGGUUUUUCCUGAUGCCGUGAUACGGGGAUGCGUCUUCCACUUUACACAGCGGAUAUACAGGAAGAUCACCACAGAGGGACUGAGUACCGCGUAUCAGCAACAUGGUGACAAGUUCGAGUUCUUCAGGAAAAUUAUGUCCCUUCCUUAUCUACCAGUUGAACAGAUUGAACCGGCAUUCAACAGGCUGAUGGAGGUAGCUGAAGGAGUCGGGGGUCCCGUACUGCGGGUAUGCGAGUACAUUUCCCGUACAUGGAUCCACGGCAGUGUAUGGCGACCCCUCAAUUGGUGCGUGUUUAGAGAGGAGGUGCGAACGAACAACGACUUGGAAGGAUGGCAUAGACGCAUCAACGCACGAGCGUGUUCAGCCAACCUCGGGCUUUACAAGUUGGCCAACCUUCUCAGAGAGGAAUCUGAGACUGUUGAUCUUCAUAUACGGCUGGUGAGCCAGCACCUUCUCACGAAGAUCAGGCGGAAGAAGUAUGUUACGAUACACGGCAGACUGCAUCAAGCAUGGGAUGACUACGAAGAAGAGAAGCUGACAACAACUGAACUUCUGAGGAUCAUCAGCCACAUCAAUGCCCUCGGACCAUCCACAGCGGUCCACCACAUGCUCGACGACGACGAGGCUUGAAAGAUGAACGACUGAUAUGGUUGAAAUGUAACAUUAAAUUGAACAGUGUCGUACAUGUAUCUAAUUUGUAUUAGAAAAUCUGAAUGAUAAAAAUGUGUGAUAAAAAUGUAAAAAUAUUGUAGUGCGUCAAAAAUGUAUCUAAUUAAUAUGUGCUUACUCCCUCAUUUUUUUUAAAUGACAUGAAAUAUUCAAAUAUAUAUAUAUAGUAUCCAAG